GUGUACCAUGAGUGAAAAAAAAACUACGAGGAAAUAUUGUAUUAUACCUGAGUGUCCUAAUACCUCAAAAAAUGCCCCUGAGAAACUAUUUAUAAACGUGCCUUCUGAUCCUACAGCUAGGAAGGUUUGGCAAAAAGCUAUGCGUCGAGAAGUUUUUGUUUCUGGUAAAUCACACGUUUAUUGUUGUGAGGAUCAUUUUGAUGUAAAAGAAGACAUAGAAAAUUAUAUGUAUUUAAAAACUAUGAAAAAAGGUAAUAUUCUUAUUAAGCCAAAUGUAGUACCGAGAUUUUUUGAUUGCCAAAAAAGUCGAGUAACAGCACAUAAAGCGAAACAGUCGAAGUUUUUACAAAAAAAAGAACAGCGGUCUUUGAUUCAUAGUUUACUACUUCCUGGGACUUCUGCUGAAGUCGAGGAUGUUGAGCAAGAAGAUAACGUGACAAGCGAAACAGAACCGAAACAAAAAGAUGUAGGCAUUCAAGUUUUAUUUAAGGUAGAAAGUCGCAGCAAGGGAAUUCAAUGUAUGCCAGAUGAUUUGGUGCCAGUGGAAAAAGAGAAGAAAAAAAGAAAAUGUGCAUUUAAGCAAAAUGAUUCGAAGAUAAUGCGGUUUGCUGAAAAAAAUAAUCCAGCACCAUGAACAUAUCUACUUCUGGCAAAUUCCCAGAAUCUGCCUUUAUGAAGCCUCUUUCGACUGAAAACAUUGCACAAAACUCCACUAAUCAAAACAAUAGUUUAACUAAUAAUAAUAGUGUUUUAUUAC